AUGCACCAAGUUCUACUUCCCUUUCCUGUUGUCAGCUGGCAGCGCCGGUCUCAGAUGCCUCUUUCUGUGCCUCACUGUACACCAGUAUGGAUUUUGUUCUUUACCACCAACCUGACUGGCAUCGCCUCUCUGAUCCUGCUGGGACUGGGAGAAUAUCUCAACAACGCAGCCCGAAGAACGUUUUCCAUUCUCGGACUCUUCACUUCCCAAGCAGCUGGCUCCCUCAGCAUCUUCUUCGCUGCUGAAGUCAUCCCCACUGUGAUCAGAGAGAAGGGUCUCAGCAUCACGCUGGCCUUGGCCUCUCUCGGAGGGCUAAGCGCCCCGCUGUUGCAGGUGCAAGAACAGCAUGGUUCCUUCCUCAAACACAUCAUCCUGGCCUCCCUCAACAUCCUGGCCCUGCUUUGCCUGCUCUUGCUGCCUGAGACCAAACGCAAACCCUUGCCCGAAGGCCUGCAGGACAGAGAACUUUAUCAGAGGCCUUAG